UCGGCCUCAGACUCCGACUCUGAAAACGACGCCACACUCCCAUACCCCGCGCCCCUCUCCCGGUCCUCCUUCCUCUCCCCUACCUUCACGCCCCAGUCCUACCUCUCGACCCUGUCCAACCGCCACCAAACCCUCGAAGACCUGCGCUCCGACCUGCGCGCCCGCUCUGCGCUGCUCUCCCGCGAAUUGCUCGACCUCGUCAACACGCAUUACACAGACUUCCUCACUCUGGGCGCGAGUUUGCGCGGCGGUGAUGAGAAAGUCGAGGAGGUGAGGGUGGGGCUGCUGGGGUUUGGUAAAGAGGUGGGCGCGCUGGCGGAGCGUGUUGGGGAGCGCGAGCAGGAAGUUAAGGCAUUGGUGGAGGAGAGGGAGAGGAUUAGACGUGGUGUCGUGGUGGGGAGGAGGCUCGUAGGGUUUGAGGAGGGGCUGAAGGGGGUAGAGGAGGGGCUGGGGAUUGUGGAGGUGGCUGCGAGCGAUAGUGAGGACGAGGACGAUGAGGAUGAGGAUGAGGACGACGAAGAGGGUAUGGUGGGCGGCGUGUCGAUUGCGAAGCUGGCACGGCAUGUGCUGCAAUGGAGGGUUGUAAGGGAGGCGGAAAAGGGGCUGACAGGCCACCCGUUUGUGGUUGCGCAGGCGCCGAGGAUGGCGAAGGUGAGGAGUACGCUGUUGCUGGAUUUGAGUGCGGCGUUGAGGCAGGCGAAGGCGGCGGGGGCAAAGGGGAGCGUCGUGAGGAUCAUGAAGGUCUAUGCGGAUAUGGGGGAGGAGGGUGAGGCGGUCAAGGUACUCAAAGGGCUGAGGUCGUGA